AUGGAUGUGAUUCAGGAAUAUCGGUUUGGCAGCUGUGUGGAGAAAAGUCAAACAUCUACAACCACCACUGUGAUAGAUGGCAAAAAUGGAUCUGUGCCCAGGACGUCUGGAAAAAUGUUGAAAAGAUCAGUGACAGAAGACAUUGUCACGACAUUCAGCUCUCCAGCUGCAUGGCUUCUGGUUAUUGCUCUAAUCAUUACUUGGUCAGCUGUGGCUGUUGUCAUGUUUGAUCUAGUGGAUUACAAAAACUUUUCAGCAAGCUCCAUUUCCAAGAUUGGCUCUGACCCUCUAAAAAUUGUGCAUGAUGCUGUGGAAGAAACUACAGAUUGGAUCUAUGGAUUUUUUUCAUUGCUGUCUGAUAUCAUAUCUUCUGAUGGUGAAGAAGAAGAUGAUGAUGAUGGAGUCGACACCGAUGAAGGACAAGAGGAAGAGCCUCCCUUGAAAAAAUAUGAAAUUCACAAAGAAAAGGCUGAAAAGCAGGAAAAACCUGAAAAGAAAAUAGCACCUAAAGUAACUCACAAAGAAAAGCCAGAAAAAGAAAAGCCAGAAAUUGAACUUAAAGCAAGUCACAAAGAUAAACCUGAGAAAAAAGAAAAACCAGAAAUGAAAACACUACUCAAAGAUGAGAAGAAGAGUAAAAGCUCAAAAGCUGAAGAAAAGAGUAAGAAGGAAGUGAAAAGUGGAAAACCAGAGAAGGUGAAGCAAGCUGAUGCUAAAGCAAAAAAGGUGGAGAAAACACCAGCUAAACCCAAAGGCAAAGAAGAAAAAGGAACUGCAGCUGUUUCAAAAAAAGAACAGAAAGAUCAGUUUGCAUUCUGUCGCUAUAUGAUUGACAUGUUUGCCCAAGGGGAUUUAAAACCAGGACAAAGUCCAGCAAUACCUCCUCUACUACCUGUUGGACAAGUUUCCCAACCUGAACGGGCACCAUUAGCUCUUGGAGGCAAGUUCCUUAUCUCUUUUUCAGAGACUUUCUUAUUUCAAAUAACAACCCCUUCUUGA